AUGGACAAUCUAAGACUAGUUUUGACGAAGAAAGAAACAAUAUCAAGAAGGUUGUGGAAGAAGUUCGAAAGUGAAUCGCUAUUUGCUCAGUACUCGCCCUUCUUCAUCAGCUUGGCUGCUGGCACUUUGGCUCUCCAGGCUUUUCACGAUUUCAUCUCGCAAGACCUUCAUCUUUUGAAGGCCUUCUACCAUGCGUAUUUAUCGGCGGAGAAGUGCUUAAAUGAUGAUGCCGAGAAGUGGGUCGUGCACGAUUUAAGGGAGAAUCUGCGAAAGGAAAUUGUUGCAUAUGUAAAAAUCAUCCAAGAAGAUUUUAAAUUGCCAAAACGGGAGACUACUUAUGCGACGAUAGUCAACUAUGGAGACUUUUUGCAUGAUACAAAAUCUGGGAAAGUUGAAGGGAGAAUAGUUCCUUGCAAGAGAAAAAUUGCUGCUUUUACACUUUGUGCCAUUGUUCCUUGUAUGAAGCUGUAUUCCCACUUGUUUCAGCAAAUAAAGAAAAUUCUACAUCCUUCUGAUACCACCACUCACAACUACAAGAAAUGUAUUGACAUUUAUUGUUCGGAAGAUUUUGAGGUCGUAUUAGCUAUGCGAACUCAAUUUAUGCUGGAAAAACUAAGUGAUUGUUUUACCGAAGAUGAGGUUGAAGUAAUGGAGAAGCACUACCACCGUGCUAUGAAGCUUCAAGUAGAUUUCUUCGCUAAACUCCCGACACAUAAGUGCACCUUAGUCACUUUGUCUCGGCUGCAGGAACUCAGAAAGAGUAAACUCACAAUAUUCUGUGACUAUGAUAUGACAUGCCCCAUUGCUGAGUCUGCCUCCGCUGUCAUCCUGGCGAAUAUGUCAAUAGCAUUACCUCAAGUUUACAGGAUGUCAUCAGAAGAGUUGAGGAACGCAUGGGAUGUUUUAGACUACCAGCGCACUAUGGAUUUUGAACAAUGGUUCGAAACAAUCAUGUCCAGUACCAUGCCAGGACGACAAGUAUUCAACGACGCAGGUUCGGAAAGCCCUUUUUCAAGUUGCAGAAUGGGAGAUAAGGGCAAAUACAAAGGUGGUACGGUUGGAAUGUUGAAGGGUAUAAGUCUAGAUACAAUAAAGAGUGCUGCCUCCACUGUCAUUCUUCAGGAUGGUUGCAGAAGGUUUUUUCAGAAGCUUGCGGAAAAUGAAAGUCGAAACAUUAAUGUUCAUAUAAUAUCAAACUAUUGGGGUAGUGACCUGAUCAAAGCAGUUCUAUCUCCAGAGAAAAACGUCUUCACUGUACAUUCAAACGAAUUAGCUAUGAAGAACGGUGUGACGAUGGGAGAUAUUACAAGGAUCGUGGAAACUUCAUCCAACAAGUUUAAAACUUUCCAUGCCGUCAUAAAGGGCUGCAAAACUGAAAUCGGGCACUUGACAGUUUACAUUGGAGGAGAUGUUGCUGACUUACUUUGCUUGCUCGCAGCAGAUAUAGGCAUUGUGAUUUGUCCAAGUCUAAACCUAUGGAGACUGGCAGAUCGUUUUGGUCUCAAAUUUGUUGCACUUUUCGAUGAAUUGGUAAGGAGGAAGAAUGAGCCUGCUGCGGGCUACCACAACAAUUGGAAACCAUACUCUGGUGUUCUCUACACAGUCUCUUGUUGGGCUGAAAUUGAAGCAUUCAUUCUGGGGCUGUAA